AUGGCAGCCAAUGGUGCGAGAGUCCAAGGAACUGAUGGUACUGAUUUUCAACACCGUCAGAGGAUUGCGGCUCAUUACCAAGAAAUUGUUCAAUACAAGACUACUUUGAAAAUGUUCUUCGCAUUACAUUUGUUCGCUCUUUUAUUCAUGUGGGGAAAGGUUGGAAGUGAAGUCCUUAGGAAUGAUUUUGGAGUGCAGCACCCCUUACUCAACUUUUUACGUAUGCCUGCAGCAUAUCCGUGGGAGUAUGUAUGGUGCUUUUCUUUUAUCCCUAUUCUCAUUGCCUUGAAGUCAUUUCCAAAAAACAACGUUAAACUAGUCAACUAUCAUUAUUAUGGCCAGUUCUUCUGUGGCAUAGUGCCUUGUAUGAUUGGAUUAGGUGCACAAGUUCCUGAACUGUUCGACUAUAUCAGUGACAUGGAGAACAGCGAAACUCCAACUUUCCAAGGAGUUUUCCCAAUGGUCAUCAUUUGGUACAUUUUCUUCGCGAUAGCUAUUCAAAUUCAUUGCUUCUCUAUGUACUUCUCUUAUCAUCUUGCUGCUGCAAUGGCUCCUCCUAAAAGAGAUUAA